GAAGGGGGUCGUCGUCGGGCUCGUCGGGGGGCCAUUUGUACGAUGUGAGGGCGGCGAAUUUGCAGACGGCGCAGUCGCAUCUCGCGAGGAAGUUGAAGGGCAGGCAUUUGCAGAUGAUUGCCAUUGGGGGGUCUAUUGGUGGGUUGCUUGCUUCCUAUCUGUCUAUGUUGGCUACGCAUGCUUGCGCGAAUGAAUGGAUGAAUGGAUGAAUGAAUGAAUGAAUGUGGGAGAAUGCAAGUAUAGCUGACGGUGGUUUCAAUGGCGCAGGGACCGGGUUGUUCGUCGCUUCGGGCCGCGCGCUGGAGAUCGGGGGCCCGGCGUCGCUGUUGCUUGCGUAUCUGUUCAUCGGAUGCAUGCUAUACUGCACGGUGCAGGCGCUCGGCGAGCUGGCCGUCUCGUUCCCGGUUGCUGGGUCUUUCUCUGCGUAUUCGACGCGCUUUCUGGACCCGUCGUGGGGGUUUGCUAUGGGUUGGAAUUACGCCCUGCAAUGGCUGGUCGCGCUGCCCCUCGAGAUCAUCGCCGCGUCGAUAACUAUAACGUAUUGGAAUCCGGAUCUGAAUAAGGCUAUUUUCGUGACGAUAUUUCUGAUCGCGGUUGUUGCCAUCAACCUGUUUGGCGUCAAGGGAUAUGGCGAAGCUGAAUUUGUCUUUGCCAUUAUUAAGGUUAUUGCUGUCAUUGGAUUCAUAUUACUAGGAAUCGUCUUGAAUAUCGGGGGUGUUCCGGGAGGCGGGUAUAUAGGGGUUUUAUAUUGGCGGGAUCCGGGAGCAUUCCAUAAUGGCUUCAAAGGCCUCUGCAGCGUCUUCGUCACGGCGGCAUUUGCCUUCGCCGGGACUGAAUUGGUCGGGUUAGCCGCAGCCGAGACGGCAAAUCCGCGCAAGUCUUUGCCUACUGCUAUUAAGCAGGUGUUCUGGCGGAUUACUAUAUUUUAUAUCGUAGCCCUGUUUCUCAUCGGGCUACUCGUGCCCUAUAAUGACCCACGUCUUCUCAUCCCCGGAUCGGCGGUCGCGGCCGCGUCGCCUUUCGUCAUCGCCAUCGAGAAUGCAGGCAUUGAGGUCCUACCUUCGGUAAUGAACGUCGUUAUCCUAAUCGCCGUCCUCUCCGUCGGAAACUCUUCCGUGUUUGGCUCUUCGCGAACCCUCGCCGCGCUGGCAGACCAGAGACAAGCGCCGAGGAUCUUGUCAUACGUCGACCGUCGCGGGCGGCCUUUGGUUUCCAUCAUAGUAUCAUCUUCGAUGGGUCUCCUAGCCUACCUCGCCGACCUCAACGAGCAAAGCGUCGUGCUCGACUGGCUUGUCGCCAUCUCAGGCCUCUCCUCCAUCUUCACCUGGGCCUCCAUCUGCCUAGCGCACAUCCGAUUCCGCCGCGCCUGGGCCCUCAAAGGCCACAGCCUGCGCGAGCUAGCCUUCAAGUCGCAAUGCGGCGUGUUCGGGUCCUACCUCGGUCUCUUCUUCAACAUCCUCGUCCUCAUCGCCCAGUUCUGGGUCGGCGCCCGCCCCGUCGGCUGGGAGGGGCUCUCGCCCAGCGAGCUCGCGCAGAACUUCUUCCUGCAGUACAUGGCGUUCCCGGUGGUGGUCAUCUUUUAUGUCGCUCAUAGGUACUGGGCGCGCACGUCGUUUAUCAAGGUGGCCGAUAUGGAUAUCGAUACGGGGCGGAGGGAUUUCAACCUCCCGAUUCUGCUUGCGCAGGAGGCGGAGGAGAGGAGGGUGUGGCCGAAGUGGAAGAGGAUGUAUAAGUUUUUGUGUUAGUAGAGAGGGGGGUUUGUUAUGAUUUAUGUCGCGCUGCUUUUUUUUCCCCGUCUUAGUUUGCUUUUGCUUUUUCUUUUCUGUAUUGUUGGUCUAUUACCUAGGUACCUUCAUAGACCGCUACGAGGUUGGAAUGUGGCGUUUUACUAACGGCGAUCUAAGGGAGAGAGAGAUUCGGGUCGUCGAAAGGGGGUUGCAGGCCUCUUGUAUUACUGUAUUGGGACGAGUGGCGCUACGGAACCAAGGCGUUUUGCUAUAAUUUUGUUCAUGUGUUUUGAUAUCAAGGCUCUGUUGGUAUUCUCUUGGCUAACGGAAGGUUUCGACGACGGAAUAUUAAAAACUUACGCCUAGAUCUGUUACAUACCUAGAUAGCAUUGGUUAGAUGUACGAGCAAAGCAGAGUAUCAGUAGUCCUGCAUCGUGUCUGUGAACUGUCGAGAG